AUGACCGAAAAGAAUGCGCUAGGCGCAGCCCCCAAUGCGAAGGCGAGGUCCGAUGCAGGGAAGGAUACCAGCGUGAAGGACUCACAACUAUCUGCGGCCAAGGCCGAAUCGACCGGCUCCGGGAGUCACUCCAGUCCCAAGAAGCGCCGCAAAGUGAAUCACGCAUGUGUCUAUUGUCGCCGCUCGCAUAUGACUUGCGACUCGGAACGACCCUGCACUCGAUGUAUAAAACGCAACAUUGGUCACUUGUGCCAUGACGAACCAAGAGAGACUGCGAAGCGGGGGCGUGGCGAAAACGAGCACUCGACUGCAGACGAAGAAGGAUCGUCAAAUAAUGAACUGGGCAACGUCCAAGGCAUGCCCAGGAGUGUUGACGUUGAUGCCGGUGGCCAGCAACAAUUUUCCGAAAACGCCAUCGGAAUUGCUCCCUCCGCUGUGAAUUCGGGGACUGUCCCCCCGGGAAACCUAAGUGCAUCUGGUCAAGGUAUCGAAGGCAACAACUUGCUGCAGUUUAAUGAUUGGGCAGGUGGCCAGAACCAAUUUCAAGAAAUGCAUUCUCUUCACCCGUCAUAUAUGUUCAAUGCGCACGAGGUCACGAAUGAGUACAAUCUUCUUGGAGACUUCCUAAGCAAUAGUCUCUUGGAUGAUGGGGCUUUGUACCCCAACCAAGAGAUGCCAGGUGCUUACUCCGAUCCGUCGUUGAUGGGCUCCUUGAACGGCAUGGGAAUGCCGAAUGGGCUGUCAACACCAGCACCACCUCCACCCCGGGCUCAAGCGCCACCGAGUGACUCCUUGCAACAGCCUUCAGCAGUGGGCAAUGACAAGGCCCGAGAAACCUAUUACAUGACUGCGGCCGAUCCAGCAGGAACCGAUCCCCCAGAAGAGCGGAUGAACAAGCUCCUCAAGGCGAAAUACGAUGCCGGUUUACUCAAACCUUUCAAUUAUGUCAAGGGAUACGCAAGGUUGAACCAGUAUAUGGAGAAAAACAUGCAACAAAUAUCCCGGCAAAAGAUCUUACGGCAACUUGACAAAUUCCGUCCCAAGUUCCGAGAACGUAUGCAAAGCCUCACUGAUAUCGAGCUCAUUCUGGUGGAAAUGUGGUUUGAGCGGAGUCUCAUGGAGUACGAUCGUGUCUUCGCUAGUAUGGCUAUUCCUGCUUGCUGCUGGCGUCGAACGGGGGAGAUUUUCCGAGGAAACAACGAGAUGGCCCAGCUCAUUGACGUCCCGGUAGAGGGUCUGCGGGAUGGCAAGCUCGCGAUCCACGAAAUUAUCGUCGAAGACCAGCUUGUUAGCUACUGGGAGAAGUUUGGCGCCAUUGCAUUUGACAAUACCCAAAAAGCAAUGCUCACAAGCUGCACCCUCAAGAGUCCCAAUCCCAAUUCGACCAAUGAUGGGAUUACCUGCUGUUUUUCGUUCACCAUCAGACGGGAUGAUCACAAUAUCCCAUCACUUAUUGUGGGCAACUUCUUGCCCAUCGAUAAAUAG